AUGGCAUCAACAGCGGUCGAAAGCAAGAUUCCCAACGAGGCUGGCAGCAGUUUCAAUGUGGAAGAUGCUGCAGCCGUAACUGGAGUUGACCCGGCCAAAAUCUAUGAGGAGUACCGCCACCUUCGACAACACUGCCCCGUCAUUCACACCAAACAAUAUGGAGGCUACUGGCUCAUGACUCGAUAUGAAGACAUCAAGAGAGCUGCUCUAGACUCCAACACCUACAUCUCCAGCGUCAAGGCCGUGGUACCGAGUGACCCUCGAGGCAUCCGCAGGCCGCCCUUGAACUUUGACGCACCAGCCCAUACUCCCUUUCGAACGGCCCUCGACAGGACGUUGAAACCUGCUCGACUGAGACGUCUGGCCGAGCCGUUGCGCAAACACGCAGAGGAGGAGCUGGCACCACUCCUGGAGAGGGGCCGGGGCGAUGUCUGCGCUGAAUUUGCAGCCAACUUUGUGGCUCGCCUGGAAGCAGAAUGGCUGAACCUCGAUCCUGAUAUCGCGCCCGUCCUGGCCAAGGCUGCGGCGGCCUGGCUGAAUGCCUGGAGAAUGCAGGACGGAGAGACAGUCACGGCCAACUCGACGAAAAUGUACCAAAUAGCCAGAGACUUAUUGGCAGAUCGACGGAAGAAUCCGAGAGAUCCUGAAGAGGAUCCAGCAUCAUCCUUGUUGUUGGAGGUAGAUGCUGAAGGGAACCCUCUCAACGAGGAGCAUCUAGUAGGCUGUCUUCGCCAGUCUCUAGUGGUUGGUGUAGUCGCACCGCCAAUUCUUAUAGGCUCAAUCUGCAAGCAUCUAUCGGAAGACAAGGAGCUGCAACAAAAGCUCCGUGCCGACGAAUCGCUAAUUCCUGCAGCCAUGGAAGAGUUUUUGCGCCUCUAUAGUCCAUACAGAGGCUUUGCUCGAACAGUGUCGGAACCGGUGGGGUUGCACGGGGUCACCAUUCGGCCCAACGAGCCAGUCACUAUAUGCUACUCGGCCGCCAACCGCGAUCCCGAAGUGUUUGAGAACCCCGACGAUUUUGUCUUGUAUAGAGAGAAUAUUGCUGCGCAUAUGGGUUUUGGCCGGGGCCGACAUAGAUGUGCCGGUAUGCCCUUGGCGAGACUGGCAAUCACCACUGUGAUGCAGGUCAUUCUUCGUGCUACGAGAGACUUUGAGGUAGACGGGGAAUUGCAAUUCUCGAGGAUGCCAGAGCUGGGAAUCAUCAGUUGCCCCAUGAAAUUUUGGUAG